AUGCGUACCUCUUCGUCUACUUCAUCGACUUCAUCAUCACAAACCCUUGCACAAUCGCAACGAUACGUCCGUCCGCGCGGGCUGCGGAUAUGGAACCUUUUCAAGCAAUGGCUGCCUAUCUUGGCUUAUGGUGCAACUAGUCUCGGUUUCGUGCUAGCCAUCGCGUUCUGGAAGACUGAGGUUUUUGACGGUCUUGAUCGCCUCUCACACUGGUUGCGAAACGAUGAAAACUUUGGCUACGCGGUCUUGUUCUGUCUCAUCUUCAUCACAACGUUCCCCCCUCUCCCACUGUAUUCCACGCUGAUCACAUUAUCGGGAUACACUUUCGGGCCGUGGAUCGGUGCAGCCAUCUCAUAUUGCGCUGCGCUCUCUGGUGCUGUCGUCGUCUUCUGGGUUUCACGGACAUUUUUGCGCGAGCCAAUCGCUCGUUGGCUUACCUCAACACGCGGUUUAUGCCGCGCAGUCCGAGCGGUCGAACGCAGACCCCAGCUAUUAUUCCUUGUCAGACUCGCACCUUAUCCAUACAAUGUGCUCAACGCGCUUCUUGCGGCUACGCCAACACUCAGCAUGCGGACCUAUGUGAUUUGCACGGCCUUGUCCCUUUUCAAAGUUAUCGUGCACACCAGCAUCGGUGCAGGAAUUCGCUCGUUCAGUGCCAAAAAAGAAGAUGAUACUCAGGAGGAAGAGGACGAUACCUGGAGCAAAGUCUGGACUGUUGGUGGAAUCCUUUUGUGCGUUGCACUUUUCGUCUACCUCAGUUUGGUAGCGCGCCGAGCGGUGGACGAUGAACUUGAUGAUGACUUGGAGUUUGCUGGAAGUGCAUCGGAAGAAAGAGUGGCGUUUUUAGAUCCAGAGUCGCAUGUAGAGGACGACGAUGUGGGAUCUCGACCGCUACGACUACCCCUGACGUCGCAGUCGCGGAACAACAUGAGCGAGGCCCAGCUCGUCUCGCACGAACUUGUUUCGCCACAACGCGUUUUGUCUGGCCUUCCUGCAGCCUAG